ACUAUAUCCCAGAAGGUUAAAAUAACUAUAUCCCAGAAAGCUAAUAUAACUAUAUCCCAGAAAGCUAAUAUAACUAUAUCCCUAAUGGCUAAAAUAACUAUAUCCCAGAAAGCUAAUAUAACUAUAUCCCAGAAAGAUAAUAUAACUAUAUCCCAGAAAACUAAUAUAACUAUAUCCCAGAAAGAUAAUAUAACUAUAUCCCAGAAAGCUAAUAUAACUAUACCCCAGAUGGCUAAAAUAACUAGAUUCAAGAUGGCUGAAAUAACUAUUUCACAGAUGGCUAAUAUAACUUUAUCCCAGAACGCUAAUAUAGCUAUACCCCAGAUGACUCACAUAACUUUUGGCUUAAAUAUCUUCUUCCAAAUGGCUAAAAUAACUAUAUUCCAAAUGGCUAAAAUGAUUAUAUCCCAGAAGGCUAAUAUGAUUAUACCCCAGAAAGCUAAUAAAAUAACUAUAUCCCAGAUAACUAAUAUAACUAUAUUUCAGAGAGCUAAUAUAACUAUAUUCCAAAUGGCUAAAAUGACUAUAUCCCAGAAGGCUAAUAUGACUAUCUCCCAGAAAGCUAAUAUAACUAUAUUUCAGAGAGCUAAUAUAACUAUAUUCCAAAUGGCUAAAAUGACUAUAUCCCAGAAAGCUAAUAUGACUAUAUCACAGAAAGCUAAUAUAACUAUAUUUCAGAGAGCUAAUAUAACUAUAUUCCAAAUGGCUAAAAUGACUAUAUCCCAGAAAGCUAAUAUGACCAUAUCCCAGAAAGCUAAUAUAACUAUAUUUCAGAGAGCUAAUAUAACUAUAUUCCAAAUGGCUAAAAUGACUAUAUCCCAGAAGGCUCAUAUGACUAUAUUUCAGAGAGCUAAUAUAACUAUAUUCCAAAUGGCUAAAAUGACUAUAUCCCAGAAGGCUAAUAUGAAUAUAUCCCAGAAAGCUAAUAUAACUAUAUUUCAGAGAGCUAAUAUAACUAUAUUCCAAAUUGCUAAAAUGACUAUAUCCCAGAAGGCUAAUAUGACUAUAUUUCAGAAAGCUAAUAUAACUAUAUUCCAAAUGGCUAAAAUGACUAUAUCCCAGAAGGCUAAUAUGAAAAUAUCCCAGAAAGCUAAUAUAACUAUAUUUCAGAGAGCUAAUAUAACUAUAUUCCAAAUUGCUAAAAUGACUAUAUCCCAGAAGGCUAAUAUGACUAUAUUUCAGAAAGCUAAUAUAACUAUAUUCCAAAUUGCUAAAAUGACUAUA